AUGGCAAUAUUGUUGGUAUUUGUGGCUCUGUAUUCUGCUGUUGGGAUCUCGGUCGAAUCGGCAAGCACUAAAACUAACUGUGAUUUUGUGCAACCUGCCAAGUCUUGCAUUCAACAGUCCUGUGUACAAUCACCUUGCACGAUGUUAUGUGGUCUGACAGCCCAAUAUGACACUUGCCAGCAGUCUUGUGAUUCACGCAUUGGUGAAUGCGAUGCUCUUAAUUGCGUUGCAUCAAGAACCUGUAUUCAAAUAUGUUCACGAAGCAACUGUGGUAACAUUACGUGUGAUGCCAUUGAUUGUACACAGACUUGUAGCACAGGAAAUUGCAGCACCAUGGCAUGCCCGCAUAAGUCAACAAAAACCUGUUCCCAAUUAUCCGGGAAAGAAAUGACAUGCAAAGCGAACUCCUGCACCCAAGUUUGCAGCGACAACUAUUGUCAAAUGGCUUGCCCUAACGAAGGUUACAACUGCACCCAAACGGCAGUGACCGCAGACGCAGCCAUGGAAUGUGACAGAGCCGUGUGUCAACAAGGUUGUACCUCCAACAAAGAACAAUGUAAUAUGAGGUGCAUAUCAAGUGAAGUCGCAGGAAACUGCCAGCAAGCAUGCGUUACCAGCACGUGCAGAUCCAUGACUUGCGAAUCCUCGAAUUGUACUCAGGGUUGCGUCAGCGGAGAGUGUAAUGUGACCUGUCCUACUGGUGUGAAGUAUUGUCAACAGGUUGCAGUCCAGGCGAACGUAACUAUGAAAUGUGAUGCAAAUGUCUGCGAACAGGUUUGCACCACUGGGAACUGUAGCAUGACAUGCUCCUCGAGUGUCAAGAAAUGCCAUCAAGUCUGCUCUAGUGGAAAUUGCCUUCUCAAGUGUGACUCCGAAAAUUGCAUGGUAGAUUGUUUUGGGAAAAGCAUGAGCAUCAACGAUAGCACUAAUAACAAAACCAACGUUGCCACUAAAUCA